CGAGCCUUGUUACGGUUACGGACAGCCCCGUCGUUCUUUUGGCCUCCGUUCAUCUUUUUCCCUCACAUGCUCCAUAGCAGAUAAACCAACCCCUAUAGUAUAGCCUGCAAUUUUCUCCCUCCGCCUCUCCUGCCAGGGUGAUCAUGAAAUUCUCAGGCAUUUUACCCGUUGAUCUCCUUAAAACCUCUGCUUUCGUCAAACUUACGGCCUUCGUCCUCAUCUCUCUAUCCCUCAUAUUGGUCUUGAACCAUUACUCUUCCACUUACUCCUCCCGCACCUUCUUCUCCGGCUCCGCUUCCCUCGACAAUUCUUCCUUUACUGUUUCGUCGCCGGGCCGAUCUCCGGUUCCUCCGCCUCGCCAGAAAGUAUUCGCGGUGCCUUCGCUGCCGCCAGUGGAGAGGAUGGGCGUUGUGGACGACAACGGUGUGAUGUCAGAUGACUUCAAAAUUGGAGAGCUUGAUGCGACUUUGAUACAGGAAUUGGGUACUUUGAGCGACAUGCGAGUGGAGAAGGAGGGGGAAAGUGAUGUCAUAGUUAGGAUUGAGAGGUUUAAGGUUUGUGACCCAAGCAUGACUGAUUAUAUACCUUGCCUGGACAAUGAUGAAUGGAUUAAGAGGCUGAAUUCAAGCCAGAGGGGGGAAAAGUAUGAACGGCAUUGUCCUGAGGAAGGCAUGGGGCUUAAUUGCUUGGUGCCAAUGCCCAAGGGGUACAAGAGUCCACUACCGUGGCCCCAGAGCAGAGAUGAGGUGUGGUUCAGUAAUGUACCUCACACACGUCUUGUUGAAGAUAAAGGGGGCCAAAAUUGGAUAACUAUAAAAAAGGAUAAAUUUGUCUUUCCUGGUGGUGGAACACAAUUUAUUCAUGGUGCGGAUAAAUACCUGGAUCAGAUUUCAGCGAUGGUUCCUGACAUUGCAUUCGGUCACAGCACCCGAGUUGCUUUAGACAUUGGUUGUGGAGUGGCAAGUUUUGGUGCUUAUUUGAUGCAACGUAAUGUCACCACUCUUUCAAUUGCACCGAAAGAUGUUCACGAAAACCAGAUUCAGUUUGCUCUAGAGCGUGGUGUUCCUGCCAUGGUAGCAAUUUUUUCUAUGCACCGUUUGCCAUUUCCUAGCCAGGCUUUUGACCUGAUUCAUUGUUCAAGAUGCAGAAUCAAUUGGACACGUGAUGAUGGAAUUUUGCUUCUGGAGGCCGACAGGCUGCUGAGGGCAGGUGGAUACUUUGUCUGGGCUGCACAACCUGUUUACAAGCAUGAAGAGAUCCUCCAAGGUCAAUGGAAAGAAAUGGAGAACCUAACUGCGCAUAUUUGCUGGGAGCUUGUGAGAAAGGAGGGAUAUAUUGCUAUAUGGCGGAAACCAAUGGACAAUAGCUGCUACCUUAGUCGUGACAUUGGUGUGCAGUCUCCACUUUGUGACUCCAAUGAUGAUCCAGAUGAAGUUUGGUAUACUGACCUUAAGUCAUGCAUCUCUAGAUUACCUAGUAGUGCUUGUGGAGCUAAUGUUUCUAAGUGGCCUGCACGCCUUCAUCAACCACCAGACAGGCUUCAGAGCAUUAAAAUGGAUGCCCAUAUCUCUAGGAAGGAACUUUUCAAGGCUGAAUCAAAAUAUUGGAAGGAAAUAAUAGAUAGCUAUAUUGGAGCUUACCAUUGGAAGGAAUACAACCUAAGAAAUGUUAUGGACAUGAGGGCAGGUUUUGGGGGGUUUGCAGCAGCUCUGCAUGAUCUUCAGAUUGAUUGUUGGGUUAUGAAUAUUGUUCCUGUUAAUGAAUUCAAUACCUUGCCUGUUGUAUAUGACCGUGGACUGAUAGGAGUGAUUCAUGAUUGGUGCGAACCAUUUGACACAUAUCCAAGAACCUAUGAUCUGCUGCAUGCAGCGGGUCUUUUCUCUGCUGAGAAAAAGAGGAAAAGGUGCAAUAUCUCAACCAUCAUGUUGGAGAUGGAUCGAAUGUUAAGACCUGGUGGGCGCGUAUAUAUACGGGACUCCAUAUACGUUAUUAGCGAACUUGAAGAAAUCGCAAAUGCCAUGGGCUGGGUGAAUUUCCGGCAUGACGUGGGCGAAGGUCCUUAUGCUAGCUGGAAGAUAUUAAGAUCUGAGAAGCGCUUCUGACAAGCUUAAUGGUGUCAAUAUAAAUCAUGUGGAUGUUAACAAAAGGAAUAUGAUAGGUAUAGCUGUCUGAAAUCUCAUGGUGCGCCAGAAAUAGGCUACAAGCCGACAACUAAACUAGGCAACGGCGCAUCUCCCUUCAAAAGCCAAUCUGGAAUCCCUGCCAAGAUGAAGAGGUUCUUAUUGAGAUGUACAUCCCCGAUUUUUCUUUUUCAUGCCAGAUAUUAUUAUUUUGCUUAAUGAGGACAAGGUUUUCCAAGCACAAACAGGGGUGCACAUGGGCCGGAUAUUACCAUUGCCUGUGCCCAACCCAAUAUGCAAUUCGGGCCAGGUUUGGCCUAUACAAUUA